GUCGAAUGACCCCUGACCCAAAACCUCGUUAAAACCAACAAGGAAGAUUUUACUUGCCAAGUUUGAUUUCUGUCCACGACAUCUUUAUUUUGUCACGCAGACAGUUAUCCUAGAGCUGUGUGGGAGCUGGGGUUUUAGACGGCGUAUGGAAAACGCUAUUCCGCUGGUGCAGGCGGCGGCAGUGCGCAGAAUGACCACCAGCGAGCGGAGUUACCUUGCCGACGACGACCCGAUGGACGACAUAGAACUGUACGACUUCCGACGGCGGCGACACAGAGGGACCGUCGUCUGGUCCAAAUGUCGUCUGAUCUCCGUCAGCUUCGUCGUUCUUUUAUUCGGGGUUAUCCUAGGUGCUAUACUUGGGUACGAAUCAAGGGGGGAAUUAUUAGGAGGACCACAACAGUGGGGCGAAGAUGGCGACCCCAGUAUCACCCAGAGAAUAAUAGAUGAAGUGAAGACUGCUGAGAUUGAUAAACACUUGAGGUUUUUGACAGCCAGACCUCACCUUGCAGGCAGUGUGCGUGAUGAGCAGGUCCUGGUAGAUUACAUAUACGACAAGUGGCAGGACUACGGUCUGGAUGUGGUGAAGAGAGUUCCCUACACUGUCCUUCUGUCGUACCCCAACAACACCACGGACAGUUACGUAUCCAUCCUCACCAACACUGGAGAUGAAGUAGAGAAGUCCGCUCCACGCGAGAAGGCCAUCAUCCCGCAGCAGAACGACUCGGAUGUGACGCGACCGUUCAACGCCUACUCACCCAGCGGAGAACCACAGGGUGACCUGGUGUAUGGAAACUAUGGAACAGUAGAAGACUUCGAGUACCUACAGAAGAACAACAUUGAUUGCAGUGGCAAAAUUGUCAUCUUGAGAUAUGGGCUUAUCUUCCGAGGCAGCAAGGUGGAAAAUGCAGAAGCAGCAGGAGCUAUCGGGGUCAUCCUGUACUCUGACCCGCAGGACGUUGACCCGUCCAACCUUCCCGCAUACCCCAAGGGCUUGUGGAUGCCUGACACUGGGUUACAACGCGGGACGCUCUUCACUGGGCAGGGUGAUCCACUCACACCUGGCUUCCCUUCUACAGAUACUGCAUACAGACUGCAGAAGGACGAUGCCAAGUUGCCACAAAUCCCCACCACACCUAUCAGCUGGGGCGAUGCUGUCAAGUACCUCAGGAACCUUGGUGGCCCAGAGGCUCCAGAAGGCUGGUCAGGAGGCCUGAACAUCACCUACCGGCUGGGGCCAGGCUUUACUGGGGAAUAUGCCAAUGGAAAGAUGAAGAUGCAUGUGCACAAUGUCUUUGAGAACAGGACCAUCACCAAUGUCAUAGGGUACAUCAAUGGCAGUAUAGAAUCAGACCGCUAUGUGCUGCUGGGGAACCACAGGGAUGCCUGGGUGUUUGGUGCUAUUGAUCCCAACAGUGGGACAGCAUCUCUUCUGGAACUGGCUAGAGUCUACGGAAAACUUCUACAGGAAGGCUGGAGACCACGGCGCACUGUUGUUUUCUGUAGCUGGGGUGCUGAGGAGUACGGGCUCGUUGGGUCCUCGGAGUGGACCGAGGACAAUAUCAAGACUAUGGGACAAAGAGCUGUGGCUUAUGUCAAUGUUGACAUUGCUGUUCAAGGCCAAGCCACACCCAGGAUUAGGUCCACCCCACCUCUGUACCAGGCCCUUUACAAUGCCACCAAGCAGGUUCCCAACCCAAACCCUGAGGAGAUCAAGCAAGGUCGACCGACAGUGUACGACACCUGGAAAUAUAUGAAACCAGAUGGCAUGAUUGGCAGUAUUGGCUCAGGUAGUGACUACACUGUGCUGCUGGACAGAGUAGGCGUGCCGUCUGUUGACAUGAGAUAUGACUAUGACAGGGAGACGUACCCGAUCUCCACCUACGCCAUGUACCACUCAGCUUACGAGACGUAUGACUACGUCAAGGAAUUCAUCGACCCAGAUUUCGUGUACCACCGGGCCCUUGUUCAGAUUUGGGGGGAGCUAGCUCGCAACAUGGCUGACUCCCUCCUGAUCCCACUCGGUGUUGAGGACUAUGCAGACUUCCUGCAGAAAACCACUUAUGAUUUUGAACAGGCGGCUAAAGCCAAAUUGGAUGAGAAGAAUAUCAGUUUAGAUGGACUAAAAGCUGCUGUGCAGAAGUUCUCCCUUGCAGCCAUACACCUGGAGCAACAGAGACAUGUCAUUGACAGAAACAACCCGUUUGCGGUGCGGAAGAUGAAUGACAAGGUGAUGUAUCUGGAGCGAGCCUUCAUUGAGCCAGAGGGCUUGCCCGGCCGUCCUCUAGCCAGACAUGUAGUUGUUGCCCCCAGCAAGCACAACAUCUAUGCAAGUUCCUCCUUCCCGGGCCUGCAGGAUGCUCUGUUUGCAGUAAACCAUAGUGCGGACCCCGACCCUGCCUGGGAGACCUUCAAGAGACAGCUGUCAAUCCUCACCUUCACCAUAGAUGCUGCAGCAAGAACACUCGUGGAAGACACGGAAUAGUCAUGGCUGUGUGAAAAUGAACUCUUGCCCAUCAUAUUUGGUGCACCUUUGUCACUAUUCCCCUGUGGGAAACCUAGACAUAAAGCUUUAUUUAUCUGUUUUUUUUAUUGAAUAUACACGUAUUUCUAAGGUAGAAGGUGACUGAACAUCAUUUGGGUUUUGUGUUCUUCCAAUAUAUAUUGAGAACAAAAUUAAUCAAUACAUGUCUAACAAAAAUAUAUAUCAUAUUUUGUAUCAAAGUUAUCUCUAAGUGACAAGGUGUCUGGACAUGGUUUUGUAUUCUUGCCAUAUUAUUUCAGAGCAAAUUGGACAAGCCUAGAACAUGUAAUAGAAAAUUAAGGUGGAUAUGAUUAGGUAGAAUGGCAAAGGGCUAGAUGUAAUUAUGCAAAGCACUAACAAUAGAGGAUCUUUAAACACAUGUCAGGGUUCCUUUUAUACAUAUCAGGCUUUACUAUAUUUUGUCAUAUUACUUUAACUAAACCAAUGUUUAAGAAAAUAUAUUCUGUUUUUUAGUUAAUAGUGAUGAGGCAGUGCAUUGUAAAUUGUGCAGUAACUUAUUAUUAUUUUUUAAUUCUUAUGUUGAUAUACAGCAGAACAUUGUCAAUUUAUUUUAUUUUGUACUGCAAAAGUUGUUUCAUUAUAGAGCCACAUGUACAGUUUUCAUGUCAUUUCUUCCAGUGUUGGGGAUGAGUGGAUUAAAGCUGACCUAGUGGGUGUCCAGGCUAAUUGAGAGCUGCUUGUGCAUUACAGAUAGUUGUACAGGGCUCCAUUGUGCUGCUAACAGUAGCUGAGAAAUACCCUAUAUCCGACAUGUGAAACAUUAAAUUGGUGAAGCAGGUGUU